AUGCAGUGGCGAAAACUAACCAGGUUGAAGUCUUCGCCGGGCGGACAGUCGCGCGCUCGGAGGAUGCUCUGCUGCGGCCGCAGGAAGGAAAAUGGGCGCGCGGCGCCGGAUUUGACGGCGUCGCCGGGCCGCGCACCGCCCGGCCCGCCGCAGCCGACGCGCGCAAACCACGCGCCGCCCUGCGUGCUGCAGCCAGACUUCCGGAAGGUAUCGGGUGUCAGCAAUGAAAUAUUCAGGCAAAUUGAAAUGGUGGAGAAUGACCACGAUGCCACCACAGCGGCGGCGCUCGAGGCGGUGGAGCGGCGAGGUGAGAUGAUAGUCAGAAUUCUUGAACUGAGACAAGUUGGCAGAAAUAAUAUAGAAGCCGCCAAGAAGUUCUUUUCAUUACAGGAUGCACGCCACAUAGUUCAACUAGUGGAAAUUGUCAAGCGCCCAGGUCAAACCUUGGGCCUAUACAUCAGAGAAGGGGACGGUGGUGCGAGGACCGAUGGCGUGUUCAUAUCUCGGAUAGCCCUCGAAUCAGCGGUGUAUAACAGCGGCUGUUUGAAGGUCGGAGACGAGAUCUUGGCUGUGAACUUGGUUGAUGUGCGAAGAAUGUCACUGGAUGAUGUAGUUAUUAUCAUGUCGAUACCACGGCGAUUAUUGCUGUGUACCAGACAGCGGAAAGGAAAAUCAGGACCUGGAUCACCGUCACUGCCACGAACCGAACAUAAACCUCCACCGGUUGUUGUAUUGAAGAGGGACUGCCGCGAUGAUGAUGAUCGAGAUCGUGAUCGAUUAGAUGGGCUUUAUUCACAACAUGGUACUCUACGUUCAACGGGAGGCCCAGGUAGCAGCGUGCGUCCAGUUGGCGAUGGUAGGGAAGAAAGGAGUCGUAUGCAGCUCGGAGCAUUAUCGCCAGAUUCUACACCACUGGAUCUUUAUUAUAAUUCUAGGCCACCAUCGGAUCAUUCAACUUGGAGCUAUAGACCGCCACCGCCGGUUAUAACGGAGCAGCCAAAGUCUCAAGCGACACAUUUUGUGCCGUACGAACGCUCAUAUCCCAACACAUUGGAAAGUUUGGCAGAAAAAGUGCACUCCUUCUAUCCAUCGGAAACUGGAAGCACACGUUUUGGGGGAAGAGUACCGCGGUCGGGUUCAGAACAACAACUACCAAGAGCUGAGACACAUUCAGAUUUCGGUCGACACUCGUUACUACGUUCUAGUUUGAAGGCCUCCACAGCGGGACCUGGUGCCGCGUCCAGUUUAACAAGAUACGGUCAACGUUACGGAGGCGUAGGAAUGCCAGGAUCUGGUCUACCGGGUAGCAGUCUCACCGCUACUGGUCUUAGUGGAACAGGGCUUGGACAUGGAUUGCCAUCAGGAUUAUCGAGUACCGGUCUUAGCGGUUUAACAGGUUCAAGCUUAGUCGGAUCAGGCUUAACGAGUUCGGGGCUUGGUACAGGAUUAUCGGGAACUGGACUGAGUUCAGCUCUUGGAGGAGGUUACGGUACAACAGGCUUAGGUUUACCAUCAUACGGCAGUAAAUUCGGAACAACCAGAAGAAAUCGUAGCUUGGAUUACUCCUCUGAUACAGAGGCAACAGCGCCUACAAGGACACCCUACUAUUCAGGACUCAGUGGAUAUAGAAGCAGCACGUUAGGAAGGGAUAUUGGAUCAAAGUUCAACUCCUUACCACGAGACGUCAGAGGAACAGGUCAAAGACUAGGAUUAUCCAGACGGGCAGGAAGUGUCCUUCAAGAUGAACCAGAACCCUUAUCAUCGCGGUUGGACUUACGUUCUUCCAGAGGUCGACUGCCUUUUUCUCCCUCAGUGUUCACAUCAGACGAAUACCGCGCGUGGCUUUCCCGGGCUCCUUCCACCAGCGCACUGUACGAAACACUCCGCCCCAGACUUCCAACUCACUAUUCCGCAGAAAAUAUACACGAUGCUCUGAAGAAUAUGGAAAGUGGCAGUCGUUUUGGUUCAUCACUCGGAUUGGCCAGCCGGCGCAUAGAAAGACCCCGUCACUUACCCGCGAGGUCCUUAUCAUCGCAACAAUUAGGCCCAACUGCAAGCGGUUCGCCUUCAGCUCGUCGCGUUAGACAAUUGCUGGAACUGGGUUCAAAGUUUACUUGUCCAAAUCCAAGUCCUGUGCCUACACCAGGAUCGCGACACCAACGUCAUCUGGACAUUAAUCCUAAUGAGUUCCUAAAAUACAAAGUGGAGAAGCCGGGGACGGGUGGUUUAUCUACGUCCAUGACUGGUUUGUCCCGAAUCUCUGGCGGAGUUUCUGGAAUGCUUUGGGUGCAUCUCCUUGCUGGUCGAGGAUUACGUCCCGCCCCUACGGGAUCUUCGCCAGGAUCCCCUCCAUCAGGACCACUUGCACCUCCUCAACCUCCUGUGGCACCUCGAGAUCUAUAUUGCGUUCUGGAAUGCGAUCGAGUACAUAAAGCUCGAACGGUGGUCCGCACUGGUGAACUGCAGUUUGACUGGGACGAGUCCUUUGAAUUAGAGCUGGUGGACAACAGACAGCUAGACGUGUUGGUGUAUUCAUGGGACCCGCAACAUAGACACAAACUCUGCUUCCGUGGGGCAGUGACUCUGCCAGAUUUACUGUCCCGCUCUCCAUCGCACCAGCUAGCCAUAAAAAUGGAGCCUCGAGGUACGCUUUACAUGCGCGUACGUCAUACGGAACCACACGAAUUGUUCCGUCGAAGACCAGCAGCGCCUAGGCUCGCACCUCCCCCACUAUUUGGUGCUGAGUUAGAAGCAGUUGUAGCACGCGAGUUGCGACCACCCCACGCAGCACCCGUACCCCUUGUUGUUAGACGCUGUGUUGAAGAGAUUGAAAGACGUGGAUUAGAUAUCAUUGGUCUGUAUCGGUUAUGUGGCUCUGCUAAUAAGAAACGUAUUCUUCGAGAAGCUUUUGAACGUAACGCCCGUGGGGUGGAGCUUACACCUGAUUCCGUUCCUGACAUCAAUGUCAUAACCGGUGUCCUAAAGGACUAUUUGACAGAACUGCCACAGCCGCUGUUCAGCCGGUGCUUGUAUCAAAUGACACUGGAUGCUCUUGGAGUAUGCCUGCCCGACGACAAAGAAGGCAAUGCACGACUUAUGGCAUCAAUAGUGGAGUGUUUACCACGCGCUGCUAGAGCUACACUGGUUUUCCUUCUUGACCAUUUAGCUCUAGUCGUGGCCGCGCAGGAUCGCAACAAAAUGUCUCCACAGCACCUCGCUGUAGCGAUGGCUCCACCAUUGAUGCUGCAUUCUCAACCGACAGCUGAACUUGAGUAUCAACGUCCAAUACACGUCUUACAAUGCCUUCUCCAGAUAUGGCCUCCGCCGAAACGUUCAGUUCGGCGCGGCGAGCCAGCAACCGGGCCGCGUGGAAACAGAGUCAGUGCGUCGCCAGUGGCCUCAGCCACCCUCCCCCAAGGCCGAGUUCCGCCCUCAGUCAGUCCAUAUCGGCAUCAAGCGGCAGCAUCAGCAGCAUCUCCGCCGCCAGCUCUCUCGGUUCGGCACGCGGCCGACCGCUCGCCGCCCGCACAUGUUCUCUCAUCAGUCAGGGCAGGCCAAUAUCGUCCGCAGUCGCCUCUUCGAGGCCCACUGCCCGCUCCUCCUCGCUCCCGUCAGGUGACGGUAACGUCUCCCGGUUCGCCCAGUAGCAGCUCGGGCAGUCACAGCCCAGCGGACACGAUCAAGCACGGUGGCUCUGUAUCAUCGAUCUUGCGCCAGCCGGAACGGGCGAGUUCUCCUCGCAUGUCGCCGAGAAACUCCCCGCGCGCGUCUCCUCGCGACUCGCCUCGCAGCACUCCCCGGGAGACGACUCCGAGGGACUUGACGCCGCGGGACCUAACGCCGAGGGAGUCAUCGGGCCGCGAAGGGGGCUCGCGUGAAUCGCCGCGCUCCGCCAUCCCGGGCACGUCAGCGGGAUUGGCGGUGACGCUCAACUCGAGCGGCAGCGGCUCCGGCGCGCUUAGCCCACGCUAUAGCUCCACCAACCCGUUCCUGCAGAAUUACGACGCCGAGGAGGAGGCGGAGGCGUGGCGCGCCGCCGACAUAUUCUCCUCGACAUCCACGCACACAUAGUGCUCAUAGCGAAUUGAGAUUUUCUAGUCAAUUUUUUUAUCGAAUCGAAAGAGUGCUACGAUUCAGCUGUAUAUUAUGUUGUUUAGCGAGCGUGGUGCGCGUUCGUGAAAUGUUUGUUAUAUAUAGAGCGAGUUACGAUGUAUAUUAUUGUGAGAAUGUUUACCUACUGACGCGCGAGGCGUAGGCCUUGUCGGCCGCCGGCGCACCGCCCCGUAGACGCUUUAGUGUUUAUCGUAUUGUAUUGUACAUUGUAUAUAAUUAAAUACGUAUAAGUUGGUACGUUCCAAUUUUGUACCUUUCGGGUGGGGCCUCGGCGGACGGCCCGGAGCGCUACACACAUCAUCCCACAUAUCAGAGGCUUGCGUACACAGUCGACACCUCAUCGACACA